AUGAAAAGACGGCUUUCACCCUAUCUACUAUGUCUAUUACUGCUGCUACAUUGUAUAAAAGGGCAAUUACUCCAUCCCACCAAAACAACCACACCAAACCAACUGUUAGUAGCUCGAGACGACGACCAUAAAAACAAUGGAAAGUCAUCCAGCGAUAGACAAAAUGGCGUUGAUGAGAACAGGGACAAGAAGAAUGGUUCUUCACCCCGAGUGACAACAGAAAUCAGCAUUAUCUAUACCACCAUCAUCUAUACAUCAGCAUCCGCAACUUCAUUAUCAACACUGCCAGCAGCUACAUCUUUGCCGCCACUACUCAAUGUGUAUAACGUGUCGAAUACAGGCUCUGCCCAUCAAGAACAAGAUCCACAAUCUGUAUCUUCUGCCAAUCCAAAUGACCCGAAUAGCAAAAAGGACGAUCUUGCAGAUAACCUGAGAGAUGAUCAGCAAGCAUUAAAACGUAUGAUUAUGAUAUUGUCGCUUGUAGGAGGAUUGGGUGUGAUUGCAGUGGUUGCAACAAUAGUGAUAUUCACAAGAAUGAGAGUCAAGAAUAGAAAACAACGAGAAAUUGAUGAGGAAGGGAAUGAAGGCUCGACAUUUGAACUGAGUCAUGAUAUGGAUCGACAAUCUUCCAUCUCAAACACAUCCGACAGUGGAGGAGGAGGGACAGCAGCAGCAGCAAAUAGAGGACAAGAAGGUGCAUUAUUAGGCUCAACAUCAUCAAUCGCAUCAGCUUCAUCUACGACUUCAUCACAAGCUAACGGUAGAGCACUCACUGAACCUUCAGCGCCACCUGCACUCAUGAUGAUAGAAGGCUUGCAAGAGCCCUUGCAUAGGAGCCGACGCAAUGUGAUUUCCAUGAGCUCACAGACAACUGCUCCUUCGCCGUCUGCACCCACAGCCAAAGAGUUGGAUGCCAUGGACGAGGACAGUAGUACAGUAGCAACGACAUCUACACCCUACAACCAUCACCUACUUCACCACGGCCAUCAUCACCACCAACAAGAACAAAUCAACAACUGCUCCAGAUGUACACCCAUGAUGAUGGCACCUGAAUUACCACCGCCGGCUUACACACCGAGUGCACCACCACACUAUGCUUUACCAAUUGAAGCUAAUGUGAUAGAACCCUCCACCACUUCCAUGUCUGUAUCUUCCAGUAUGUCACCAUUGCCAUCUAGGAGACAUUCAUUGGGAGGUUAA